AUGUAUGGGACGGAAUUUAAUCUAGCAGUGACUUGCUUCCAGGUUGGCGCGAUUCUUGGAGGUAUUCCGAGUAAUCUCAUGCUCACUUGGGUCAAACCCCGCUACUGGUUGCCCGGAUGUGAGUUGGCUUGGGCGAUUCUGACUAUCUUCACAUACAAAGUAACCAGUUACAGUCAGGCAAGUUCUCCAUAUUCCAUACCGACAACGAGCACAACAACUGAUGUUUCGAAGCUUUACCCAAACCGCUUCUUCAUCGGAUUCCUGGAGGGAUCCUCCUUUGUUGGUAUCCAAUACGUCCUCGAAUCCUGGUACAAGCGUACGGAACUCGGAAGGCGAACCGCCAUCUUCUCAUGUUCAGCUUAUGUGGAAACGAUGGUAAGUGGAUAUCUCCAAAGCGCUGUUCUGAAAGGCCUGAAUGAAACUCAUGGAAUCGCCCUUUGGAGAUGGGUAUUCAUCAUUGAUGGAGUCAUCACCAACAAAAAAAAUGCGUUCUACUUCACGGAAAAAGAUAAAAUGAGGGCAAAAGAAAGACUCAAGGAAGAUGGUAGAGAGCCGAAGGGAGACAUCUCCUGGAGCAUGUUCCCAAGAGUGAUCAAGACUUGGCAGCUAUAUGUGUUGACUAUUUUGUGGAUGUUCUGGAAUGCGACAGUCGGAGGUUGCAAAUACAGUGAUGCAACUCUGGAUGAAGAUCGACAAAGAACACAACCGGUCAAUCUAUCAAGGCAACAAUGUGCCAACAGCCAUAAAUGGGUGGAGCAUUUUCAUGAUCCUCGCUGCCAACGUAUACGUUGA